AUGAGGCGACACCGACAGAAGUUAUCAGAAGAACAACUGGAACAAAGGCGAAAAAAAGACAGAGAACGAUACAACCGAAAAAAAGAACAGGGAUUGAUAAGUAACAUCAAUGAAUUAAUACCUCGAGCUAAAAAAAUAAUAAUACAGCAGUGGAAAGAAAGACCGAAAAAAUAUCGUGAUAAGAAAAAAGCAAUGGAACAAAUUCGUCAACAAACUGAGGAUUUUGUUGAAAAUGACACUCUUCCAGAUAGCCCUACAUCUUCUAGUUCUAGAUCAAGAGCAGAGUCUGAUGAUGACAAUGUUGCGACCAUUGAACAUUUGCUGUCAAGAAGUUUGACGCAAACGUUUAAAGGUACAUUCACCAUACACCAAGUAGCUUGGAACAAAAAUAGCCCGGGUCUUCUUAAUGCUCGAAAAUUAAGUUGCACUGAAUGUCAUCCACAUCAAAUCUGUCCACAUUAUGAAAUAGGUAUAAUCAAUACAGAAGCCAUUCGUGACAGCUUCGAUGAAGGUGAAGUUCUUCCUUCCUCGUCACAUAGUGAUCAUACAUUAGAUACUUCAGACAAAAAAACA